AAUAACGCAACUACCAGAGAGACUGAUUUGAUUUAUUUAUCCCAAGAGCAUCAAGAAUGAAAGAAAGCAGAGCUCCCAUUGAUCCCUUCUCGACCGGAGAAUUCAUCUUGAACAGGAAGUCUCUGCUUCCUGUUCGAACUCCUUCAGCUCACCAUAAUCGACGUGGAAGAAUGUCCAACGUGAGCAGAGAAAAUUUGAACUUGGGCCAGGGCAGCAGCAUGUCGCUAGGAGCGCUGCAGCAAAGAACUCUGGCCAGAAUUGGAAGGAGCACUCACCCGAUGGAACUGAGAGAUCGACACGACGUGGUUCCUCAGCUGAAGGCAUCCUUCGAAGGCUCGUCGUGGCGCAGCCUGAGCAAGAAUGACCAGCGUGCCGCUCCGAAGAAGAGCAAGAGGAGGGGAUUGAGCCAACUGGAUGAUAGCAGCCCCUCAGGACCGGCUGGCCCUGAGUACCCAGGACAGGCGAACCCACGGUACAUGAAGCGCAAGCCAUCCUCCAACAGGACAGAGGACGUCUCGAGAGACAACGGCAAGGAUGGAGAGGAAGUUGGAAGGGCCAUUAGCGCAGAUGCCCUCUCGUGGAUCGCACAGUUCAACGCGCACAGACCGGAGUCGCGGCGACCAGCCACUUGCUUCCACCUGAACUGCUCCGACAAGGAUCGCAGUAGCGGGGACAUGCUGAAGGACAACCUCCAGCCUCACCUGUGGUCGGAGUUCUCCCACCUCCCGUACGAGGAGGAACAGGUACCUGCGGUCAAGACAAGGUCGCAGUCUCGCAUGUUGAAGUUGAUGGACAGCUCGGAGAGGAGGAACGUGAGAGGUCCGAUCUCCAGGCAGAGCGCCUGCUAUCCGCAUCCUGAGCACGGGCCGGUGGACGCUGGCCUUAGGGAAAUGAAUGGAAGCCCGACAUGGGCUCCUGCCAUGAUGCGCGUGCAGGAGAUUGCUGUGUAGAGCUUGCAAUGUGAUGAAGAGAACUGAAUGCAUGAGGCAUGUGAAUGUUAUUAAUUGAAGAAAAUUAUUCCAUUAAUGAAGUUGAAAUUCCUUUC